AUUUUCCAUAUAAUUUUUCUGGCUUUCCUACCGUCCACUUCAUCUGGCCAACAAUUACAGGGACUGAGACUGUGUAUCUGCUUCUUCUCUAAUGGCAAUGGCGUCCAACUUUACCACAUUCCGGAAGCCACAGAUGAUGCACCAAAUUUUCUGCAGAAAAAAGGAGAAAGGACGAGACCAGAACUAUCCAUAUAAAGUCAUCGAAGUUACGCCUCCGCCUAGAAACCUUGGUGUUCGCUGUUUCCCUCCCAACUUGCAAUGUGGAGAUGGUGUGACGAUCGAAGGUCAGAAUUACACGAUCUCAGCGGUCACACACCGGUACCAGCUUCGAAAAGGUAAAUACGAACCAAGCGAGAAAAGACUCGACGUGCUCUCCACCGGAAGAUACAUAUUGAAUUUAUAUUUGGAAAACUUAUUACAACAAUCAUAAAAAUAGUUUAUAUGUUGUAUUGUUACACUUAGGGGCUGUUUGUUUACCUCUGAAUGAUACCAUUAAGACUUUAAGGUCUGAUUCGGUCAGACAUUUUCUUGUUUGGGUACGUUUUUAAAAAGGUCUGAAUGAAAACUUUAUAUCU